AUUUUCAAAAAGCACUCAACAUCUCUACAUAUUCCGGUCCUGUAGCUGGUAUAUCACUUCAUGAAGUGGAAUAUUUUAUCACACUUGAAUCAUUAUCAGCAUUUAGUAGUAGCGUUUCGCGUUUUGAAGAAGCCAGACCGCGGAUUACGCGACGAUUUAUCUAUCGCACUGCGCAAGUUUCAGCAUGGCUUUCAAUAUAAACGAGCACCAGCAUGUUCGGUACAAUCCCCUGAAGGACGAAUGGGUGGUGGUGUCGCCUCACAGAGCCCUCAGACCAUGGAGCGGUCAAGUCGAGACGGCACCCACCGAAGAGGUGCCCCAGUUUGAUCCGAAGAACCCCCUUUGUCCAGGGGUGAAAAGGACCUCUGGCAAGGUCACCCCUAUGUACGAGUCAACGUACGUCUUCACCAAUGACUUUCCUGCUUUGCUUGAAGAAGGACCGGAACCUGAGGAUAGUGGUGAUCCCUUAUUUCAGAUGAAGGCUGCCAAAGGUACCUGCAGAGUGAUCUGCUACCACCCCCAUUCCAAUGUAUACUUUUCCAAUCUUUCAUUGAAAGAAGUAGUUUGCGUUGUGCAUGAAUGGAUCAACCAGUACGUAGAACUGGGCAAGAAGUAUAGCUGGGUGCAGAUAUUCGAGAACAGAGGAGCCAUGAUGGGUUGCUCCAAUCCUCAUCCUCACUGUCAGAUAUGGGCUUCGUCUUUCCUACCAAACGAGCCUAGGAUCAAGGACAAGAACCUUAGAGAGUACUUCAAGAAGCACAAGCGGCCUAUGCUUAUAGAUUAUGUAGAAAAGGAGUUGCUCAAGAAAGAAAGGGUCGUGUAUGAAAACGAAGAAUGGGUGGUUGUGGUACCCUUCUGGGCCGUAUGGCCUUUUGAGACUAUGGUGCUGCCUAAAAGACAGGUCAAGAGGUUCAACGACUUGGACUGCAAACAAAUAGAAAAGCUCGCUCAGACGCUCCAGGUGAUAGUGGCGAAGUACGACAACAUCUUCAAAUGCAACUUUCCGUACUCCAUGGGCUGGCACGGAGCGCCAACUGGAGAGCAUUUGAAAGAGAACCAAGACCACUGGACCUUCCAUGGCAUGUACUAUCCUCCGUUGCUGAGGUCGGCUACUGUCAAGAAGUUCAUGGUGGGCUAUGAGCUCCUCGCUCAGUCUCAGAGAGACCUCAGUGCAGAGAAGGCAGCUGCCGUGAUCAGGGACCAGCCGGAGAAAAGGUUCGCUUGAUAGUGGAGGACUCUUCAGUGGGUCAAGUGCGACGUUUAGCAUUUUCGGGAGAUAGAGUAUAUAAGUUGACAAACAAGAGGCUAGUGUCAUUGUUAUUUAAAAGUGAAUAUGAAGUAAUGUAUUUAUGUUAUGUGAAAGGAGUGACAAAGGAGAUACCUUUCUCUACCAUUGCUUCUUCUGCAACAAAUAACUGUUUGUCCCUAGAGUUCCAUUGUACACUGAUUUAUUUUUUAAGCUGUGUUUUUUUUUUAAAUUAAAUGAAAUAACGAUCACGA